AACUUUAGUUUAAAGUGAGUCGCCAAAUUCGUGACUUAAAUAGCUGAGUAUAUUCGAAUACACUCUACGUAACUACGGAACACAAUUACGAACAUUCGAAAAAGAAACGAUAUCUCUUAAAUUUGUCUAAUGGAAAAAAAAUACAAGAAAAGAGAAUUUGUGUCCGUAUUUGAUCAAUCCAGAGUUGAUCUUCUUCACAUAAACAACAUGUGGCUAUGGUUGCACUUCCAUUAAUCGAAAAAGUGCUCCAACUCUGUCUAUAUAAAUUAAUAUGGUCUGCCUGCAUUUGCAAACCAACCAUAAACAUCAAAAUGCAGAAGCUAACAGCAUUGUUCCUCUCUCUCUCCCUCUCUCUCCUCCUCACCUCCCAUGCAUCCGUGCAGGACUUCUGCGUGGCCGACCUCACCCUCCCGCCCGGCCCCGCCGGCUACUCCUGCAAGAGCGCCGCCAACGUCACCACCGCCGACUUCGUCUUCACCGGCCUCCGCAAGGGCGGCAACACCACCAACAUCAUCAGCGCCGCCGUCACCCCGGCCUUCGACGCGCAGUACCCGGGGCUCAACGGCCUCGGCCUAUCCAUCGCCCGCCUCGACCUCGCCCCCGGCGGCGUGGUACCCUUCCACACCCACCCCGGCGCGUCGGAGCUCCUCCUGGUGGUGAAGGGCACCAUCGUGGCCGGCUUCGUGUCGUCGUUCGCGAACCAAGUGUACGUGAAGAAGCUCGUGAAGGGUGACCUGAUGGUGUUCCCGCAGGGCCUGCUGCAUUUUCAGAUCAACGGCGGCGGGCGGAAGGCGGUGGCGUUCGCCAGCUUCGGCAGCGCCAACCCCGGCCUGCAGAUCACGGACUUCGCGCUCUUCGCCAACGACUUGCCGUCGAUGUUGGUGGAGAAGACCACGUUCCUUGACGAUGCGCAGGUCAAGAAAUUGAAAUCUGUGCUCGGUGGGACUGGAUGAUCAGCUUUCAAACACUUUUUUUUUUUUUUUUUUUGGAGGGUGAGAUUUGGGUUGCAUUGUUUAGUUGUAUUUGGGUUUUUUCAAAAGUUUGUUGUUUUGUUAUUGUUAAGGUUGCAAAAUUUCUCAUUUGUAUGUCA